AUGGAUAAUUUUGAUAUAUUAUCAUCAUAUUCAACAACAGAAUAUGAUCAUUUAAAUUUUGUUCAUUAUGAAAAUAUAUCACCAUUAUCAACAAUAAAUGAAACAGAUAAUUUAAUAUCAAUAAAUACAAAUGAAUUAAAUUGGCCUGUAUUAAUUUUAUCUAUAUUAGCUAUAUUUGGUAUUGUUGGUAAUUUAUUAGUAUGUGUAUCAAUAUCACUUGAUAAACAAUUACAAACUGUAACAAAUUUUUUUCUUUUCUCAUUGGCUAUUGCUGAUUGUCUUCUUAGUCUUGUUGUUUUACCACUUGCAAUUAUAAAAGAUUUUCAGGGUUCAUGGCAAUUACCAAUAAUUUUUUGUAAUUUUUAUGUUUUUCUUGAUGUUUUAUUAUGUACAACAUCAAUAUGGCAUUUAACAAUUGUUUCAAUUGAUCGUUUUCUUUAUAUAUCACGUCCAUUUCGUAGUCGAGAACGAAGUAAAUUUAAAACAUUUAUUAUUAUUAUUUUAAUAUGGACAUUUUCAAUUGCUAUAUCAUGUACAAUAUUUAUACUUGGUUUUAUUGAUGAAAAUAAUAUAUUAGUAAUUAAUCAUGAUCAUAAACGAUUAUGUACAUUAAAUAAUCGUUCAUUUAUAAUAUAUGGUUCAAUAAUAUGUUUUUGUGUACCAUGUAUAUUAAUGCUUGUUACAUAUUCAUUAACAAUUCGACGUCUACAAAAAGAAGCAGCAAAAUGUUAUUCAGAUCCUGAUGAUCAUUCAAUAAUGAUGACACAAACAUCAAAUCGUUUAAGACGACAUAAAUCAACAUCAAAAAUUCGAUCAUCAUCACAUAAUUAUAAAAAAAAAUUAUUAAAUGAAUUAAAUAGUUCAACAUCAAUACCAACACCAACAUCAUCACGUUCAACAACAUUACUUGUAACUGAUAAUAAAUCAAAUCAUCUUGAAUGGCCUAAAUCAUCAAGAUCAUCAUUAACUUCAAAUACACCAAGUACAAAUCAACGUUCAUUUCUUCAUAAUACAUUUGUACAAAAAGCAGUUCAUGCAUUUAAAGGUGGUACAGAAACUACAAGUGAACGUCGAGCAAUGAAAGUUUUAGGAAUUGUAUUUUUUGUUUUUCUUAUUGCUUGGCUUCCAUUCUCAAUAUUAAAUAUUCUUUCAGUUGUUUGUCCAUCAUGUGGUAUACAAAUAUCUUUAUUAAAUUUAACUAGUUGGCUUGGUUAUAUUUCAUCAAAUUUAAAUCCAAUUAUCUAUACAGCAUUUAAUGUUCGAUUUCGUCGUGCUUUUGUAUCGAUAUUAACAUGUCAAUUAAAUUAUUUUUCUCACAAACGUAAACGUAAUAAUUUAUAUAUAUUUAUUUCUUCAAAUAAUAAUCAAUCAUCAAUGUCUACUGAUCAACAACAACGAUUUUUUUCUUUACAUCGUUCACCUAAAAAAAGGAAUAGUUUUACUUAA